UCCAUCUAACCUCAAACUUUGACUUACACAACCCGAUUGACACUACCGGCAUUCGAAUUGGAGGGAACCCUGUCAUAUCAAUAUUGAUAACUCAAAUUCUCCGCAUUCACCUCCAAAAUUGUGUCUUGGCAGCCUUCGGCUAUUAUGGCAAUCUUCGACCUGCUUAUAUCGCCUUGGGCAUUGGUUGUUGGAGCUAUUGCUCUUGUGGCCUACUAUCUUUAUCCAUAUUUGGUGACGAACAGCCACCUCCGAGAUAUCCCAGCGCCCUUCCCUGCUCAAUUUACCAACUUAUGGCUACUCUAUACUGCUAGGCGAGGGAAACGUCACUUCGUAGUGGACGAUGUCCACAAGAAGCUCGGGCCUGUGGUGCGGAUCCAACCGAACCAUGUCAGUAUCGCUGAUGACGAUGCUAUCCAAAUCAUCUACGGACAUGGAAACGGGUUCCUCAAGUCCGAGUUUUAUGAUGCUUUCGUGUCGAUUAGACGUGGUCUGUUCAACACUAGGGACCGUGCUGAGCAUACUCGUAAGAGGAAGCUUGUCGCUAGUACCUUCGCUCCAAAGUCGAUAGUCCAAUUUGAACCUUACAUCACUCAAAACCUUAAGACAUUUGUCGGCCGUUGGGAUGAACUGGUUGACACUGGCACAAAUAAGACAGCUUAUGUCGAUUGCCUAAAAUGGUUUAACUACGUCGCGUUCGAUACUAUUGGGGACUUGGCUUUCGGUGCACCCUUUGGCAUGCUCAAGGCCGGCGCAGAUAUAGCUGAGGUCCGCAUGGCAGUCGACAAACCCUCCAUCUAUGCUCCGGCCGUUGAUAUCCUCAACCGACGUGGUGAAGUAUCUGCCACCCUCGGCUGCCUCCCGCAACUGAAACCUUACGCGAAAUGGCUUCCCGACCCCUUUUUCAGCAAGGGCCUUGCUGCCGUGGAGAACUUAGCCGGUAUCGCCAUCGCUCGCGUGAAAGACCGUCUCGAGAACCCGCCAGACAUCAACCGCCGUGAUCUCCUUGCCUUACUCCAAGAAGGACGAGACGAAAAAGGCGAACCAUUAGGAUUCGAGGAGCUCACCGCCGAAGCACUAACACAGUUAAUCGCCGGAUCUGACACAACCUCCAACUCCUCCUGCGCGCUCCUCUACUACGCAACCCGCACCCCCGGCGUCCUCCAGAAACUCCAAGCCGAACUCGACGCAGCCGUUCCGGACAACAACACCGAAGUACCCGACUACGAAGCCAUCAAAAACCUCCCGUACCUCCAAAACGUCAUCAACGAAACCCUCCGCAUCCACUCCACCUCCGGCAUCGGUCUCCCGCGCGUAAUCCCAGCAGACUCCCAAGGCGUCAGCAUCCACGGACACUUCUUCCCACCCGGCACCGUGCUCAGCGUCCCCACAUAUUCCAUCCACCACUCCCACUCCAUCUGGGGUCCCGACGCAGACGACUUCCGCCCCGAACGAUGGGACAACGCGACCCCGCGGCAGAAAAACGCGUUCUUGCCGUUUUCGACGGGCCCGCGCGCGUGUGUGGGGCGGAAUGUCGCGGAGAUGGAGAUGAAGAUGAUUGCGGCGACUUGGGCGAGACGAUAUGAGGUUUUUCUCAGACAGGAGGGGAUGCGCACCCGUGAGGGGUUCUUGAGGAAGCCGCUUGCGCUUGAGAUUGGGUUUAGGCGGAGGUGAAGAUGAGGUGGUGGCUUGGAUUACUGUGUUAUUAUGUAAGCUGGGUUGGAUUAGAAGGUUAGGGUUAUUGUGGGUGGGAUUUUGGGGGUUUGGGUUUGGGUAAUGAGGCUGGAUAUCAUGAAGCUAUUC